UAACCUCUCAGAGAGAAGCUGUGGUGCUCUGUCCUCAGUUCUCAACUCCCAGUCCUCUAGUCUGAAAGAGCUGGACCUGAGUAACAAUGACCUGCGGGAUUCAGGAGUGAAGCUUCUGUCUGCUGCACUGCAGAGUCCACAUUGUACACUGGAAACACUCAGAUUGAGGAGCUGUGGUUUGUCAGAGAUCAGCUGUGGUUAUAUGGCAGCAGCGCUGAAGUCCAACCCCUCGUAUCCCAGAGUGCUGGACCUGAGUGGAACCUACAACAACCUGCAGGAUUCAGGAGUGAAGCAGCUGUGUGUUCUUCUGGAGAAUCCACGAUGUCAAUUUGAAACUCUGAGGUUGAAGGACUGUGAUUUGUCAGAGAUCAGCUGUGAUUAUCUGGCAGCAGCGCUGAAGUCCAACCCCUCGUAUCCCAGAGUGCUGGACCUGAGUGGAACCUACAACAACCUGCAGGAUUCAGGAGUGAAGCCGCUGUGUGUUCUUCUGGAGAAUCCACGAUGUCAAUUUGAAACUCUGAGACUGAGUCACUGUGACCUGUCAGAGAGAAGCUGUGAAGCUCUGUCCUCAGGUCUCAGGUCUCAGACCUCUAAUCUGAGACAGCUGGACCUGAGUAACAUUAACCUGAAGGAUUCAGGCGUGAAGCUUCUGUCUGAAGGACUGAAGAGUCCACACUGUACACUGGAAACUCUCAGACUGAGUGGCUGUAACCUGUCAGACAGAAGCUGUGAAGCUCUGUCCUCAGUCCUGAGCUCCCAAUCCUCCCGUCUGACAGAGCUGGGUCUGAGUAACAACAACCUGCAGGAUUCAGGAGUGAAGCUUCUGUCUGCUGGGAUGAAGAGUCAAUACUGCCAACUGGAAACGUUGAGACUGAGUGGUUGUAACCUGUCAGACAGAAGCUGUGAAACGCUGUCCUCAGUGCUGAGUUCCCAGUCCUCUAGUCUGAGAGAGUUGGACCUGGGUAACAACAACCUGCAGGAUUCAGGACUGAAGCUUCUGUUUUCUGCAGUGGAAAGUCCAAUGUGUACAAUUCUCAGGGUGGAGCCUGCUGGAGUCCGAUGGUUGAGACCAGGUCUGAGGAAGUAUUCCUCUCACAUUGUGCCAUCACGCACCAGGGUGAGUUAUAACAAUGACAAACCCUGGUUUACUCCUAAACUCAAAAAGCUGUGGCUGGAAAAGAGAAAGGCAUUCAGAAGCAGAGACAGGGACUGCUACAGAGAGGCCAAGUACAGGUUGACUAAAGAAGUGGACAUUGCUAAACAUCAGCACUCUGAGAAGAUGCAGCAGCAGAUCUCAGAGAAUGACUCGGCCUCUGUGUGGAAAAGUUUUAGGAAUAUCACCAACUACAAGCCUAAAACCCCCCACUCCACUGAUGACUUGCUCUUGGCCAACACCCUUAACGACUUUUACUGCCGUUUUGACGAGCCAUCAAGCAGCCUUCACACCUCCAUCGGCCCCAACAUUAGAGACACUUUGGACACUCAUUCCCCCCCUCUCCCCCCUCCAUAG